AUUUAGUAGGGGAGUGUUGAGUCUUGACUCUUGAGCCCCAAAUACUACCUUUUACGGUUACUUUCUGACUCUCCUCGUUCCCGGUUCCCUCCCUCCCUCUUACUUCUUCUUUUUCUCAGUUUCCUCCUCUUUCUGUUCGGCACUUCGUUGCUGCAACAGCGAAAGGGUUGAUAAAAAGAACGCAAAGAGAUCCCGAGUGGGAACUCGGAAGGUGAAGCAAUACAUGUAGCUGAGACAGGGAGAGGGAAAAUGUCGAACAAGUCUCCGAUAUUUCCGAUGCCGGAGCCUCAACAUUUCAGCGACUACGGCUUCGACCCCCAAAUCGAUUAUUUUCAGAAGAUCUUAGAAGAAGCCCGGAACCACAAGCGGGACAGUUUCAGAUCCGUGGAUGCUCUGCAUUUCAAACUACAGAAGCCCAUCUCGAAAGAGGACUCGAAGAAGAGCAAGAAGAAGAAGAAGAGGUGGUGGAGAAAUGCUCUCCUUUUCUGGAAAUGGAAGUGGACCGACGAUGCAAGGCCCAGUGACGGCCAGGACGGUGUCUACCGCAGGAACCGGGUUUGCAGGGGAGCAGUAUCUGGGCCACUGUACAUAACAGAGAGCAUAAGCGGGUCGACCACGCCAUGCCGGACGAGCUGUCAUCCGACGUCGGGACCGCUCGCCGGCACGUUGACUCCGACACGUAAGGGGGAGGUGGAGAUACCUUAUCUCAGCCUGAGAGAGCUCAAUAUAGAGCAGCAGCAACCACACCAUCGGUUCUCAACGUCGGCCAUGCCUAUCUACUUGGUCACUUAGCCUCUUAACCGAAUACUGACUACUGGUUGGGCGUUGGGGCCCGGGAGGGAGGGGGGUGUUUCAUUUUGGGUUACUGUAGCAACUGAACUCCUGGUUUGACUUGGUUCACUUGUCCUUUUUUGUUUCGUGGUAGUCGUAGGCACUUAGACAGCAAAUUAAUGCUGGAGCCUGGAAAUAUAAAAAAGGUUUGAUUGAUACAAGACUUGAGUUAUGCAAACUAUGCAAACUUUCUCUAAUCUGAACGAAAGAGAGACACAUCUUUCAGGGAUGGGGGAUGCUUUGGUCUUUCAUUAUCUA